GAGUUCAGCCACCACACGGGAUGGUUUCCACUGCUCGGCACGUCGUACUGAAUUAGGAUUCGUGAAGAUAUCCCAAAAACGGAAAUUUAACGAAAAUACCACAACGGGCCAUCUUUCAUAAUGGUCGACUUAUAGGGCUGAGGAAAUCUUAUAUAAUGUAUAUUUCCCAUUGAUUCCUUAGUAUAGCAUUCUUGUAUACAUUCAUUCAUUCAUCUGUUGGUUAAUCAAUCUUCACUCCAUUCAUUUCAAAAUACAAGUACCAGGAACAGCUGCGCUGUCUACCAUUCUCUCAUUGCCAUUCAUUAUCAGUUCAAUCCAAUCCAAUCAAAAUGCAUUCCCCAUCCAUCCUCCUAUCUCUAGCCCUCACAACCCUAGCCUCCGCCUCCACCUUAUCCUCUCCCCACUACCCUCGCGCAAACUCUAGCACCUCUAGCACCUCUAGCACCUCUUCCGCCUGCGUUCCCGCCGGCGCAAUCCACAUGAUUGUUGCACGCGCCUCUACCGAAGCCCCUGGCGAGGGAAUCAUCGGCUCCGUAGCCACCAUGGUUAAAGCCUCUCUUCCUGGCUCCGACUCCGAAGCCGUGGAGUAUCCAGCCACACUCACGCAGUACCAAGCCUCCGAAGCUUCGGGCGUAGCCGCCAUGCAGAAAUUGGUACAGGCGUAUGCGGAAAAGUGUCCGGGGAGUAAGAUGGCGGUGAUGGGAUAUUCGCAGGGUGCGCAAGUUGCUGCGGAUGUCAUGUGUGGGACUUCUGAAACGGGGUUUGCUGGGAAUACUCAGGCCUUGUCGGCGAACAUCAGUAGUAAUGUCGUAGCAAUGGUUCUAAUGGGCGAUCCAUCCCACGUCCCAGCCGAAACAUUCAACGCCGGAACUGCCAAGAACAAUGGACUUUUUGCCCGUCAAAACAUUGCCGCCUGUCCCACCGAGAAAACCGUCUCUUAUUGUGACAAUCAAGAUGAAUUCUGCGACUCAGGCAACUCCCUCCAAGUCCACCUUUCCUACGUCACCACCUACGGAACCGCAGCCGCGAAAUUCAUCACCGACAAAAUGGCCGGAGAAACCAGCUCUUCCGCCUCGACAAACGGAACCGCAAAUGCAAUUACGGCUUCCGCUGCGAAAAGUGCGCAGAGUCUUGCGCGCGCUGCCACGAUGGGUACGAAUGGUGUUGCAAAGAUGGGCGCUUCUUGGGGCAUGCUAGCUACCUUUUUGGGGCUGGGAGUCUUGAUUUAAAAUCUGAUUUCUAUUUCUAUUUCUAUUUCUAUUUCUAUUUCGCAUUUUGUAUCUUUCCUUUCUUUGGCUAUAUUUUCUAAUAGACCUAAUACCCCAUCAUUUUAUCGGGUACCGGGACAGAAAAUCGGCAUAGGCGUAGGCAUAGGGGCGCUGAAACGAAAGGGUUAAUCGAUAUCCAUUUCUUUUUAUUCCACGCUUUCCAAUUCGAAGAUUCGUCAGAUUGUACUGGACACCAAAAGAUCACUUGGUCAUAGGGGGCAAUUUGACAUGGUUAGAAAUUAUUUCAUACUACCAAAUUAGUAGUAGUGUCAGGGAGUUUUCGAUCCUUACACAAUGUGAAAUGAGUUUUUUUUUUCCUUGUA